UUUUUUCUUCCUCCAACAUCGCGUCCCUCCCACUGCUCUCUCUCUCUCUCUCUCGUCUUGUUUCUGUAGCGAAACGGUUCGCCCACCUGUGAAGAUUGAACAGAGCUUUCAGACGAGGAAGGAGGAAAGAAAGAGAGGACGUUUGGAAUCGCGUUUCCCUUCCUUCCUCUGCCCCGCAUGAGAAUCGUCUCGCUCAAGCAGGACAGAGGAGAAGAAGAUCGGCGAAGAUGUCUAACGUUCCCUCCUCUCUGUCCGAAGUCUGCCUCACUCUCUUCCGUCUCGCCAUGUCCGUUGCCCUCCUGCUGAAACCCCCCACAUCCUAACGAACACACACUCUCCGUUUCUGUCUGUCUCUGUCUCUGUCUCCUUCUCUUUCCCUCUUCUCUGUUUUAAAUCCGUGCCGCUCCGAUGAGGACACUCAAGCUCAAGUUCAGGGGAAUCAAGCUCAAGAAGCGCCUCUUCCGGGCCACCCGUUGGAUCCUCCGGCGACCCAGGAGCCCGGUCGCCUACCUCCGCCUCAGCCCCCCGUCCCCGCCGCCGACGCCGCAGCCCCAGGAACCGAGAAGGACACCCGUGUCGAGGCUCCUCACCUGGGGCCGCCGCCUGACCAGCAAGACCAGGCGUCUCUGCUCCGCGAAGCCCAGGUCGGGCUACAUACCCAUGGGCCAAGACCCGCAUCCCGUCUCGGCGGCCGUGCCCAAAGGGCACCUCGCGGUCUACGUCGGCCAGAAGGACGCCGACUUCUGCCGGGUCCUGGUGCCGGUGAUCUACUUCAACCACCCCCUGUUCGGGGAGCUCCUGAGGGAGGCGGAGGAGGAGUUCGGCUACGACCACCCGGGCGGGAUCACGAUCCCCUGCGGGGUCUCGGAGUUCGAGCGGGUCAAGACCAGGAUCGCCGCCGGAGGCUGCGGCGGCCCGAGGACGGCGCUGAAGCGGUGUUAUUGACGAGCACCGCUUGCACGAACCGGCCGAUGGACCAGACCCGCUUCGACAGAUGAAUCAAAAAAACAAGCGUUGUAGAUUAUUGAGACGCCCUUGGGCGACGAUGAUGAAAAGAUUAGCGAUCAGGAUCUUCGUAGAGAUUCCCAGUAGAAGAUUAGAUCAUCUCCAUUUCUUCCUUCAUACAAUACUGUAGUGUACUGGAACUACUUCCAUAGACGUGUAUAUAUAGUCAAAAGUUUUGUUCA